GAACUGCCCAGGAGUGAGCAGCUGCUCCGGUUGGCCCUGCCUGACAGACACACCGACAGCCUGACAUCCUAGCCCACCAACUAACCAGCCUGCACCUGGCUGCUUCCCCCUCCCCAGGAACAUUGGCCAUGCGUCCCCUGUGGUUACUCACCUUGCUGCUGGCCCUGAGCCAGGCCUUACCCUUUGAGCAGAAGGGCUUCUGGGACUUCACCUUGGAUGAUGGGCUGCUCAUGAUGAAUGAUGAGGAGGCUUCAGGCUCAGACACCACCUCAGGUGUCCCCGACCUGGACUCUUUCACACCUACUUUCAGUGCCAUGUGUCCUUUUGGCUGCCACUGCCACCUGCGGGUUGUUCAAUGCUCUGACUUGGGUCUGAAGACUGUGCCCAAGGAGAUCUCACCUGACACCACACUGCUAGACCUGCAGAACAAUGACAUCUCUGAGCUCCGCAAGGAUGACUUCAAAGGCCUUCAGCACCUCUAUGCCCUGGUCCUGGUAAACAAUAAGAUCUCCAAGAUCCAUGAAAAGGCCUUUAGCCCUCUGCGGAAGCUGCAGAAACUCUACAUCUCCAAGAACCACCUGGUGGAGAUUCCUCCCAACCUGCCCAGCUCCCUGGUAGAGCUACGCAUCCAUGACAACCGUAUCCGAAAAGUACCCAAGGGCGUGUUCAGCGGGCUCCGCAACAUGAAUUGCAUUGAGAUGGGUGGAAAUCCCUUGGAGAACAGUGGCUUUGAACCAGGAGCCUUUGAUGGCCUGAAGCUCAACUACCUUCGCAUCUCAGAGGCCAAGCUCACUGGCAUCCCCAAAGAUCUCCCUGAGACCCUGAAUGAACUUCACCUGGACCACAACAAAAUCCAGGCUAUUGAGUUGGAGGACCUACUUCGCUACUCCAAGCUGUACAGGCUUGGCUUAGGCCACAACCAGAUCCGGAUGAUUGAGAAUGGGAGUCUGAGUUUUCUGCCUACCCUGAGGGAACUUCACUUGGACAAUAAUAAGCUGUCCCGGGUACCCGCUGGCCUGCCAGACCUCAAGCUCCUCCAGGUGGUCUAUCUGCACUCCAACAACAUCACCAAGGUGGGAAUCAACGACUUUUGCCCCAUGGGCUUCGGAGUCAAGAGGGCCUACUAUAAUGGCAUCAGCCUCUUUAACAACCCUGUGCCUUACUGGGAAGUGCAGCCAGCCACCUUCCGCUGCGUCACUGACCACCUGGCCAUCCAGUUUGGAAAUUACAAGAAGUAGAGGCAGUGGUAGCCACCAUGGUGGCCUUGGUGAGAGUCUCCGAAGGAACAUAGCCUGAUGUUCCACAGGGGAAGGGGAAGCAAAGAAGCAAAGCCCCAAAGACAACACCUUUGUUCCCCAACAUUAACUUCCUGCUCCACCACAGCCUCUCCCUGGCUCCCCAGCAUGCACAUAUACACAUGGCCUUGCCCCCUCAUCCAUUCCCCUCAGCUUUUGAGAUUUAACACUCAUUCAUAUUGUCCACUCAAGGAUUCUCUAUUCUUUCUUCUUGUUCAUCCUGAAAUUCAGAUUUCUGUGGCAGGAGGGGUAGCAAAGUUAGACACAGCACACUGCCACAACUACUGUUCCAUCCAGGCAUAUGUUAUUCCUCUUCCUCACCCACAUCUGAUUUUUAGCUCUCCUGGUCCUUUCCUGCUGCCCUUGGCAGCCACCACCUGGCUCUACUAACUCCUGGAUCAGUCUCUCUUUCCAAGCCUGUUAUGCUUCCUGGCAUGUCUCUUCCUUCUGGGGUUGUAGAUCUGUCCCCUGUCGUCUCUCUGGACCCAGUUCAUCUCUCUCUCUCUCUCUCUCUCUCUCUCUCUCUUUCUCUCUCUCACCCACUCUUUGUCUCUGUAUCUCUCUGCAUCUAUCUCAGUCUUCUCUGGCUAUUUCUGUUUCUCUCUCUCUCUCUCUCUCUCUCUCUUACAUACAUACACACACACAAACACACACACACACACACACACACACACACACACACACACACACACAAUGACUGUCUGCCCCAGGCUGCUUUCUGCUUCACAGGUCUCUGGCCAGUCCCUGCACAAAAAAAAUCUGGGGCAACUAUCUCCCUGAUUGCCCUGCCCAUCACUUGAUCCCCAGCCCUGGAAGAAGCUGGAAGGUGGAGGCCCAGAAUCCUUUCUAUACUAUCCAGGAAAGGGGCCAUACUUUGUUAUCAAGAUGGGGAGCAGGAAGCUUCCCAGCCCCUGGAGAGGCUCAGCAGGCCACCAGAGCCCCCAGUUUUUAUUGACCCCUGCCCUUUACCCAAGAUGGCUAGGUCCCCCUCCCUCAAUCCUGGGUCCCUUCUGUGGGAGAAGUUGGUUGGUAAUCAGUUGCAUCCAGCAGGAGGGAGUGCUGCUUAUGAGGUCAGUUGUCUUUCAAUUAAAGAAACACUGUGCAAUA